UCUCUACCCUCCGUACACCGCGUACGUCACGCGUCGACACUCGCGAGCGACCGCGAUCUGUCCAACUAGGAUCUGAGUUCUGACCUUUGGAAAUAUCAGUGUUGUGGUGAAGUGAAGUGAUGAUAACUCGUCCGCGGCCCGCAUGACGGGCGCGAUGUGGCGCGCGCUGGUGCCGGCGCUGUUGGUGCUGGCGAGCGGCGCGGGCGGCGACGGCGGUGGCGGCGGUGGCGGCGGCUGUGCCGAGCCGCUGCCGGCGGGGUGCGCGUGCGGCGCGGCGGGCGCGGGCGCGGCGUGGGGCACGCGCCUCUCGUGCCGCGCCGCCGGGUUGCGCGUGCUGCCGCCGCUGCAUGCCGCCCUGCUUGAACUGGACCUGUCGCACAACAACAUCACGACGUUGCCGCGCGGCGCGCUGCAGCCGGCCGCCUCGCUGCGCGACCUGAACCUGUCGGCGAACAUGCUGGAGUCGGUGUCAGCGGGCGCGCUGUACGGCGAGGGCGGCGCGGGCGCAGCGCGGCUGGCGCGCCUCGCGCUCGAUGGCUGCGGGCUGAGCGCCCUGCCCGCGCAUGCGCUGCGGAAGCUGCACCACCUGCACUACCUGUCAGCGGAUGACAACCUGCUGGAGGAGGUGGAGGCGACCGCGCUGGCAGGGCUGCGCGCGCUGCGCUCGCUCCGCCUCGCGCGCAACCGGCUCCGGGCGCCGCCGCGCGCCGCGCUGGCGCACACCAAGCGGCUGGACUUGCUUAACCUGGAGGGCAACCUCAUCUCGGAGCUGGGCCCCGACGCGUUGCCGCCGCUACCAGAACUACGGACCCUGGUGGUACGCCGCAACCGCAUCUCGCACGUGGACGAGCGCGCGUUCGCCGGCGCCCCGGCGCUGCAGGUGCUGCGGCUGGAGGAGAACCUGCUGACGGAGGUGCCGAGCGCCGUGCAGCUGCUGCCCGCGCUCCAGGACUUGUCGCUAGCGAGCAACCGCGUGGAAUGGGCGGGCGCGGGCGCGCUGACACGCUGCACGCGUUUAGCGCGGCUGGAGCUCCGCGACAACCCCUGCUCGAGGCUGCAUCCGCAGGCGCUCGCGCAGCUGCCCGCGCUCACCACGCUGAUCCUGUCGGACGCGCGCGGGCUGACCGAGCUUCCAUCACUGGAGGGCGCCGAGCGCCUGCACACGCUGCGUGCCGACCGCGCGCGGCUGCGGUCGCUGCCGCCGGACCUGUGCGUGCACGCACCUCAUCUACGUGUACUGGCGGUGCAGUCCAACGAGCUGGAAGAUCUACCCGACCUACGGGAGUGUGGAGAGCUGCGAGUGCUGGAUCUGUCCUGGAACCGCAUCUCGUUCCUGGAGGGCGGCGCGCUGCGCGGGCUGCGCGCGCUCACCGACCUGCUACUGGCGGGGAACCACCUGCGACGGGUCCCGCGGCAGGCCUUCUCGCACACGCCCGGCCUGCGCACCCUAAACCUUGAAAGCAACGAAAUUGAACACAUCGACAUCGAAGCUUUUGUGCCUAUACACAACUUAGAGGACUUGAACUUGGGCAACAACGUGUUCCCGCUGCUGCCCGGCGGCGGGUUGCAGCGCCUGCGCCGACUGCGCGCGCACAACAACCCGCGGCUCACCAGCUUUCAUCCACCCGACGUGUUCCCCAGGAUCGAGACGUUGGUACUGUCGUACGCGUACCAUUGCUGUGAGUACAUGCCGCUGAUGGCGGAGGCGGACGGGGGCUGGGCGGAGCCCCCGCCGGAGCACGACGACGACGAGGGGGGCUUCACCGACGAGGUGCUGCCCCUGCCGCCGCACGUGGACCUGGCGCGCUGGGCGAACACCUCCGACCUCUGGGCGCACUACCUGAACUCGACGGGUGUGGGCGACACGUGGCUACGCAAGGCGCUGUCGGCCUGGGGCGCGGACACGAAGCAGGAACGCGGCGUGCGAGCAGCGCCCCCUAGACGAGUCCGCUGCUUACCAUUACCUGGGCCGUUCCUCCCUUGCGUGGACCUGUUCGACUGGUGGACGCUGCGCUGCGGCGUGUGGGCGGUAUUCCUCCUGGCGUUGCUCGGCAACGGCACCGUCGUCUUCGUGUUAGUCUUCAGCCGCUCACGUAUCGAUGUCCCGCGCUUUCUUGUCACCAACCUGGCGGCUGCUGAUUUCUUCAUGGGGAUCUACCUUGGGUUCCUGGCGGUGGUGGACGCGGGCACGCUGGGCGAGUUCCGCGCGCACGCCAUCGCGUGGCAGAUGUCGGGCGCCUGCCGCCUCGCCGGCUUCCUCGGCGUGCUGUCCUCCGAGCUGUCCGUGUACACGCUGGCCGUCAUCACGCUCGAGCGCAACUACGCCAUCACGCACGCCAUGCACCUCAACAAGCGGCUCUCGCUCCGCCACGCCGCCGCCGUCAUGGGCGCCGGCUGGGCCUUCUCGAUCGGCGCCGCCGCGCUGCCGCUGCUCGGCGUGUCCGACUACCGCAAGUUCGCCGUCUGCCUGCCCUUCGAGACCGAGACCCCCGCCGCGCUCGGCUACGUGGUGGCGCUGCUCGCCGUCAACGGCGGCGCCUUCCUCGUGCUGCUCGGCUGCUACCUCAAGAUGUACUGCGCCAUCCGCGGCUCGCAGGCCUGGAACAGCAACGACUCGCGCAUCGCCAAGCGCAUGGCGCUGCUCGUCUUCACCGACUUCAUAUGCUGGUCGCCGAUCGCUUUCUUCGCGCUGACGGCCGCGUUCGGCGCGCGGCUCGUCUCGCUCGAGGAGGCCAAGGUGUUCACGGUGUUCGUGCUGCCGCUGAAUUCGUGCUGCAACCCGUUCCUGUACGCCAUACUGACGAAGCAGUUCAAGAAAGACUGCGCGCUCGUGUGCAAGGCGAUCGAGGAGUCGCGCGUGACGCGCGGCAUCGGGCGCUGCCGGCACUCGUCCAACUUCAGCAACCGGCAGACGCCGGCCAACACGAACAGCCUCGCGGAGCGCUCGUCGCGCGGCCCGCACCAGCCCGCCUGCGCCUGCGCGUGUCGCCGUCUGCUGCCGCCGCCCGCCGCCCCGCCCGCGCCGCGCGCGCGCCGGCUGCUGCGCUGGCUGCGCGCCUGCGGCCGUCGCGCACAGCGGCCCGCGCAGCAGGCGCCGACGCCGCGCACGCGCACGCGCACCGCCCAGGGCGCGGCGCCGGCCCGCGCCGGCUCCGUGUCGUCGUCGGUGGAGUUCUCGUCGUCGCGCUCGGACUCGUGGCGCGCGUACGGGCGCGCGCCGCCGCCGCCGCGCCGCGCCGCCUCGUGGCUGGUGGCGCGCAAGACGUCGCAGGAUUCGAACCUGUCCUCGUCGCGCAACGACUCCUCGGGCUCGAACGCGACGGCGUCGACGGGCACGUGGCGCACGACGCGGUCGGGCGGCAGCGCGGCGGGCGCGGGCGCGGGCGCGGGCUCGGGCGCGGGUCGGCCGCGGCUGACGCGACAGCCGGCCGUGUCGGGCGAGGAGCCGCCGCUGUCGCCGCCGGGCGCCGCGCUGCCGCCGCCGCGGCUGCUGCACACCAUCCCGUCGGCGGCGGAGGGCGAGGCGCCGCCCGACGAGCCGGAGCCGCCGCAGGAGCCGCACGAGCCCGCGCCGAUACUGCCGACGCCGUGAGCGCGCCGACCCGCCGACCCGCCGACCCGCCGACCCGCCGACCCGCCGACGCACGAUCACGCUCCAAGACUGAUUUAUUUUGCAGGCGCUAGCCGGCGGCGGUGGUUCGCCCGGACGAGUGUGGUCGCCGCCGCCCCGCGGCCGCUCGAGUAGGAAGGAUCUCCCGGACCGACCGGUCGAUAAUUUUGGAUAUACGAGUACAUUAUACGUGUAAUUUAUAAGUAAUUUACAGACAAAUAAUGAAGAUAUUUUGUACAGUAUUAUUUACAUAUGUCCAUGACGAGUGUUAGGUACGUAAAUAUAGAAAUCGCCAUAAAAAAUAUUUACCAUAAUUUAAGAACUCCUGUGAGACGUAAAGAUAUUGUUAUAUAAGUAUAGUUGUAAUGUAACAAACGGUAGUGGCGCCGGGCGCCGGGCGGGGGCGCCACUCGACACGACGGUGCAAGUGCUCAGUAUUUAUUUAUACAAUUUAUAAAUAAUGUUAAAGAUAACUUAUUGUUACUUAGUUUGAAUUCUAAAUUAAAUAAGAAUGUAUAAUAUUAGGAAGUAAUGUGUAAUACUAAUAAUACCACCGAAGAGGGCCGUCCGUGCCCUUCUAGUAAAUACUUCCAUACUUCACCAAUGCUUCCAAAUUAAAAUAAAAACAUUAUUAAGGUCGAAGUUCUAAAUAGACACAGAGACGUAACGCCAACCCUACAAUUGUCGUUCCAUCCUUAAGCGAGGUUUAGACUAGCAAGAACUUGAAAACGCUCGUAGACUUUACUAGAGUAUUGUACUAACUACAUACAAUAAGUGGUCACUCCCGGUAUGUAUUAUUGUCGAGCCUAUUUCAAUUCUAUCCAAGUGAACCUAAUUUCUAAUAUCGAUAUUAGAAAUUAGGUCAUCAGAAACAUCAAACAUGGCUAACAACUAACAAUAAGCCAUAUCAAUCUCAGUAUAACAUGACAGGCAAGCUACACAGUGUUCAUCCAUUAAUUACGUCACACGAAUUUCUAGGUUUUUUGACCCCUCGACUGACGAGGAGGGGGGCCUCGUCAUACUUAGUCACAUUUGGCAAAUCCCUCCCCCCCUGGUGCGACGUCACAUUUUUUCAACGAAAUCGGCAAUGAAGUAUUAUUAAUAUUUUAUUUAUUUAUUUAUCAAAAUAUUUUUGACAAAAGUAAUAUUAGUAAUUUUAUAACCCAAAACUUAAAUAAAACGAUUAUCCUUCCAAAAACUUGUUAUUUAACUGUACAGCGAAUAAAAUAAUUUAAAUAAGUUAAAGUGACGUCACAAAGUUUGUGACUCCCCCCCUCCCCCUCGUCACAUUUUCUUGACCCCCUCCCCACCCCCUCUAAACGUGCUGUGAGGUGAAUGGAUUAAAACUAAUAACACCCAGCACUGCCGUCUGCCGUCUGCCGUCCCAUCUACUUCGACCUUUACUUUAUGGAUAUAAGUCAUAAUAAAAAGCCACUGUUUUUGUAAGUAGGUAUCCGUGAAAUGUCCAUUGGUUAGAUUUUAAUUAGCCUUCAUAAAACAUGUUUCAGUGGCUGUCUAGCUAAUAGAGACGUCAACAUGUUUACGUAAAGUUACUAGCCCUUUCACAGCCGAUCACGAACCUAACUCGUUAUUAUGGCAGUUAAGAUUUUUAACUCUAUUGAUAACGUGUCACGGUUCAAAUUUAAAAGGACAUUUCUUUUUGUCGGCUGUGAAAGGGCUAGUAGGUUAGUAAUUAACAUUAUUAAUAACGCCUGUUUAAGGCCACUACCUACCUUUUCUCGAACGCUUCGUCGUUUUUUUGAACAUUUUACAUGAAAGUGUUUUUGGCGGGAUACUUAUCUACUGGAUAUUGACUGGAUACACUAAGUUUGUACUAGGUAUACCUUCAUCUUUGGGAUCAGGCCUCACUUUCCCUCUUGCGAUAAGAUAUUCAUUAUCAAGAAAUUAAUAUUAAUUGCUCUGUCUUAAAGCCUUUAAAUUAUUUACAUGUUACUCAUAGGUACUAAGUAAGUGAUUACGAAUGAAACACAUUUGUUCUUACUUUUAUAAAAGUGUAUUGUGUUUGAAGAAUAUACAUUACAAUGUACAUUAUUAUGAAACAAGCCAAGACUAAAACUAGCUAGAGUAGAGCCCUCUACAUCGUGCUAGUUUCAGUCUUAAUUGGCUUCGAAAUUUCAAAUUAAUCUAGGCAUACUACAGCAACACCCUCAACUGGCCAUCGAUGGGUGUUCUGUCAUCGCGUGAGGUUUAUGAAUAAUAAACAUUUGCACAGAAAAUGUUAUAUAUUAUGCUAAAGUAAAGAAAAUACACUAUCCACGAGGAAUUCCGUACAUUGACUCGCCUUUCUCCUAUCUCUAUCGCACGCGCGUCAUUAGGUAUAUUGGUGUCCCACCUGUCACCAUCAGCAGUCAAUGCCACUGUGCGAGCGGGACAGCAACAAUAAUUAAUUAUGCGCGUGCGAUAGAGAUAGCAAAUGGUGACCCGCCAUGUACGAAAUUGUUUGUGCUACGUAACAGUUUUAAUCACCGAAACCAUGACCUGAGGUAGAGCUACGCCAUCGCUACUGAUGCGAGUCUAGUCUUUCGAAGUACUAUCACUUUAUUUAUUGCCUUAUGAUAUCCUCAUAUGAUAUGAGGAUAUGAUAUAACUCGUUCCUCCAGAUUUCAUCAUGUAGAUGUGAUAAACCUUGUAGUACAGUGAAUGUUAUAUACAUAUAGGGACACGACCGAGUGACUUGUAUGCUGCGUGUCUGCCCUAAAGCAUUAAUAUGUCUUUAGAUUUUAAGUUUUAGUCGGAGAGAUAAAACAUGAACCUGAACCCCCUGAGCAAAUAAACACUAAAGUACCUUAAUAUACCCACGGCACGGGGCUAGCACAACUGACCAUUUCACGUGACACACCAGUCUUCAGUCUAUCUCACGAUCGUCUCGCGAUCUUCACAGGAAAAAAUAUAGUAACAGGGUGCCUAGCCAAGAUGCCAAUAGUUUACGCCGUAGCGAACGAAACGGUAAUCUCUAUCUAUAACGCUUCCAUAUUUUCGUUUCGUUCGCUACGGGGCAUAAACGAUUGGCAUCUUGGCUAGGCACCCAGUUUACCUUACAAUAUGACUAACUUCGAGUGGUGGGUUGUGUUAAUCUCACAGAAAAAAAUGGGUAUAUUUUUCCGCUCGAUCGCAGUGGCCAAAAUAAAACUUUGUUACCAGCGUGGUCCGGCACGCGGCGGGGUCUCGCCGCUCAAACACGAAACCUCCUGACCUGUAAGAUACUGCCAUACCUAACGUUAAGUUAUUUAUAUUUAUACUAAUGUAAGAUUGUUGGUAGGUGUGUAUGUACAGUUGACUGCGCGCUGCGUGAAAGUUGUUUAAAUUAUUUUAUUGUACAAUAAAUACAUUAUUCGUGAUAA